CCCGGGCCCGGCCCCCGACGGCCGCGCUUUGAGAUGACUUUCCGAGACCUCCUAAGCGUCAGUUUCGAGGGACCCCGCCCGGACUGCAGCGCCGGGGGCUCCAGCGCGGGCGGCGGCGGGGGCGGCCCGGGCGGCCCGGCCGCCUCGGAGGGCCCUGCGGUGGGCGGCGUGCCGGGGGCCGCGGGCGGCGGCGGCGGCGUGGUGGGCGCGGGCAGCGGCGAGGAGAACCGGAGCUCCGCCGGGGAGCCGGGGGGCGCGGGCACUGGCGGCGAAGUGAAUGGCACGGCGGCCGUCGAGGGGCUGGUGGUGAGCGCGCAGGGCGUGGGCGUGGGCGUCUUCCUGGCCGCCUUCAUCCUAACGGCAGUGGCGGGCAACUUGCUUGUCAUCCUCUCGGUGGCCUGCAACCGCCACCUGCAGACGGUCACCAACUAUUUCAUUGUGAACCUGGCCGUAGCCGACCUGCUGCUGAGCGCCACGGUGCUGCCGUUCUCGGCCACCAUGGAGGUUCUAGGCUUCUGGGCCUUCGGCCGGGCCUUCUGUGACGUGUGGGCCGCCGUGGACGUGCUGUGCUGCACGGCCUCCAUCCUCAGCCUCUGCACCAUCUCGGUGGACCGGUACGUGGGCGUGCGCCACUCGCUAAAGUACCCUGCCAUCAUGACGGAGCGCAAGGCGGCCGCCAUCCUGGCGCUGCUCUGGGCCGUAGCCCUCGUGGUGUCCGUCGGGCCGCUGCUGGGCUGGAAGGAGCCGGUGCCCCCUGACGAACGCUUCUGCGGCAUCACAGAGGAGGCGGGCUAUGCCGUCUUCUCCUCCGUGUGCUCUUUCUACCUGCCCAUGGCCGUCAUCGUGGUCAUGUACUGCCGCGUGUACGUCGUGGCGCGAAGCACCACGCGCAGCCUCGAGGCGGGCGUCAAGCGCGAGCGGGGCAAGGCCUCCGAGGUGGUGCUGCGCAUCCACUGUCGCGGAGCCAGCCUGGGCGCAGACGGGGCACACGGGAUGCGCAGCGCCAAGGGCCACACCUUCCGCAGCUCACUGUCCGUGCGCCUGCUCAAGUUCUCGCGCGAGAAGAAGGCGGCCAAGACGCUGGCCAUCGUCGUGGGUGUCUUCGUGCUCUGCUGGUUCCCCUUCUUCUUCGUCCUGCCCCUCGGCUCCCUGUUCCCGCACCUGAAGCCCUCCGAGGGCGUCUUCAAGGUUAUCUUCUGGCUCGGCUACUUCAACAGCUGCGUGAACCCGCUCAUCUACCCCUGCUCCAGCCGCGAGUUCAAGCGCGCCUUCCUCCGCCUCCUGCGCUGCCAGUGCCAUCGUCGCCGGCGCCGCCGCCCCCUCUGGCGCGUCUACGGCCACCACUGGCGGGCCUCGACCGGCGGGCUGGGCCCCGACUGCGCCCCCGGCCCUGGCGCCGCGCCCCCCGGGGCACCGCUGGCCCUCACCGCGCCCUCGGCCCCCGGCUCUCCGGGCACGUCCGAGGCGCAGGCUCCGGUCGCCGGCCGUCGAAAGCCGCCUUGCGCCUUCCACGAGUGGAGGCUGCUCGGGCCGUUCCGGAGACCCACCACCCAGCUGCGAGCCAAGGUCUCCAGCCUGUCGCACAAGAUCCGCGCCGGGAGCGCGCAGCGCGCAGAGGCCGCGUGCGCCCUGCGUUCGGAGGUGGAAGCCGUGUCCCUAGGCGUCCCCCACGACGUGGCCGAGGGCGCCACCUGCCAGGCCUACGAAUUGGCCGACUGCAGCAACCUCCGAGAGACUGAUAUUUAAGGACCCCCACCGUCCCUGAGCUAGGCUGGGGAGCGCGCUGGGGGAGGGGAAGAGGUGGGGGUGGGGGGGGGGACAUGGAGAGGGAGGCUGGCUUUGUUCAAGAGGCCGCGCGGAUCAGGGCCUGGGAAAUGGAUCAGGGCGGCUGCACUGUGGCAUCCCUGAGGAACUGAGGAGGGGCUGGGGCCCCCGAAGGGUGGAAAGAUAUGAGCUGCUCCUGCACACAGGUGUCCCAAGCUCCUUUCCGAGGAAGGGGCUGCGGGCUCCGCAGGGCCAUUUGCUCCCAAACCCUGUUUGAGAAACACUGCCCCAUCCAUGCCUUGAUCGCUGGAUAGACGAAUCCAAGUAUGGACAGGCGCCUGCCCCUCCUCUUGGGGAGGAGAGAGCACAGAGGCCCUGCCUGGCUGCCCCAGUGCUUCCCCAGGGGAAAAGUCAGUGGGGCCAGGGCUUCUCAAUGGACACAAUUUCUCCCUACUGCCGACUGGAGGAACCCGUGGACCUGCCACCGCCACCCACAAGCUUUGGUGGCAGAUUGGAUGACUGUCCUACCAGGCUGUUGUAUUUACCCAUGGGCCCACUCUCCCUACCAAGCCCCUCCGCGCACACCCCUGGACCUGCCUCCAUCACCUCCCCCAAGGGCCUUACUGUUUACACUCUGUACAUAGCUCGUGUGCCUGUGCCCAUCACUUCUCGCUGGGAUCCAGAGCCAUCAAAUGGGGAGAGCUUUAUGUGUCAUUUUGAGACAUAUUUAUUGGUAAGAGUACUUUAUUUUGUCCAAACUGUGCAAACUGUCCCUCUUUAGCUUAUAACCCAUAAAGAACUACUUUGGUUUUUUUCUAAAA